AUGCUCCUCCACACCCUCGCCCUCCUCUUUCCUCUGCUGGCCGCAGGUGGGGCCCACGCCGCCGGCGGCGACCACUACGUCCCGCACCGGGUCGGCACGGCCAACAAUGUCGUCGGGCGUGAUGCCCUCCCUGCGCCUGCCGGCGGGGACCACUACGUCCCCCACCGCGCGGGUGGCGCGCACCCCGUCCGCGAGGUCCACGAGUACGUCUACUUCGACGAGCGCGGCCUGCCCAUCACGGCCACGACGACAAUCACGGACGUCAAGACCAUCACGCAGACGAUCUGGGUCGAUGCGGUGCCUACGUCCGCGGGUGGCAACGACACGACGACGGCGGCGCCUACGACAACCGAGUCGCACUCUGCGUCCGAGACGGGCUCUGCGUCCGAGUCUUCCUCGGCGUCGGAAUCCCACUCCGCCUCCGAGUCGGCGUCUUCCUCCAUCGCCACCGGCACCGCCUCCCCCUCCGACUCUGGAUCCUCCGCCCACCCGUCCGAGACGGCCUCGUCGUCGGCCUCCGCCUCCGCAUCAGACUCUGGCACCGCUGGACCCACCGCCGCACCGUCUUCCUCCGGCCCCGUCCUCCCUUCAGGCGGCUUAAUCGUCAACCCGCCCUCAAGCGAGAGCAGCAGCGCUAGUGCGACCGCUAGCGCCAACGCCACCGCAACUCCCUCGGAAUCCGCUAGCAACUCUGGCUCGGCCGCGCCGUCUGCUUCGGAGGUCUCGUCGUCGGCUGUGCCCUCGGCGUCGGCUUCCGAGUCGGCCUCUGCGUCGUCGGCGUCCGCUUCUGAGUCUGCUUCGGCGUCGGCUUCUGCCUCUGCGUCCGCCUCCGCCUCCGAGUCGGCCUCGGCGUCCGCUUCUGCCUCUGAGUCCGCAUCGGCGUCUUCCUCUGCCUCUGCCUCUGGAUCUGCGUCGGCCUCCGCCUCCGCCUCUACGUCCGAGUCUGCUUCUGCGUCGGCCUCCGCCUCUGCUUCUGCGUCGGCCUCCGCCUCUGCUUCCGAGUCUGCUUCCUCAUCUGCCUCGGCGUCCGCCUCGGAUUCCGCAUCUGCGUCGUCCGAGUCCGCCUCUGCGACCGCCUCGGCCACCGACCCCUCCUCCGCCUCGGCCUCCGCCACCGCCUCUUCCUCUGCCUCUUCCUCCUCCACCCGCCGUGGCCACCACACCACCGAUGCUACCGCCUCUGAGACCGCAUCUGAGACUGCGUCUGAGACCGCCUCGGAGACCGCCUCGGAGACCGCCUCGGAGACCGCCUCGGAGACCGCCUCGGAGACUGCCUCGGAGACUGCCUCCGCCACUGCUUCCUCUACCGCCGCUCCCUCUGCCUCUGCGUCGUCCGGUCCUCGCCCUGGUGGCAGCGUCGGCGGCCGCAUCAUGGCUGGCUACUACGCCGACUGGUCCGCUUCCUACCUUCCCCCCGAGUCGAUCGACUGGUCCAAGUUUGACGUUGUCGACUUUGCCUUCGCCGAGCCCACGUCCGACGGUGGCCUCCAGUUCACUCAGGACAACUCGUCUGACCUCCUCCAUCGCCUUGUCAAUCUCGCUCACGCCGCUGGCAAGCGGGUCAAGCUGUCUGUCGGCGGCUGGACCGGCUCGGCCUACUUCUCUACCCUCGUCGCUUCGUCUGGCUCGCGCAACCGCUUCAUCCAGAACAUUGUCCAGGCCUACAACGCUUACAACCUCGACGGCAUCGACAUUGACUGGGAGUACCCCGCUGCUCCUGGUGCGCCCGGUAACGCUCAGUCACCCGACGACUCGGCCAACUACCUCGUCUUCCUCAAGGCUCUCCGCGCUGCUCUUCCCGACGGUGCGCUCAUCACCGCCGCUACCCAGGUCUGGCCCUUCUACGGCCCUGACGGACAGCCCCUGCCCGAUGUUUCCGACUUUGCCGCCAUCUUUGACUGGAUCCUGUUGAUGAACUACGACAUUUGGGGCUCUUCGUCCCAGCCCGGCCCCAACGCCCCGCUCUCGGACGGCUGCAAGAACUCGACUCAGCCUACUGCCAACGCCUACGCUGCUGUUGCCUCGUGGCAGGCUGCCGGCUUCCCCGCAAACAAGAUCACUCUCGGUGUCCCUGCCUACGGCUACCUCCAGAAGUCGUCUUCCACGCACCUCUACCAGCGCAGCUGGCGCGGAAUGUCUCCUCCUCCCCACAAGCGCCAGAGCGGCUCUGUCACGGUCAAGAACGAGGCCGGCGGCACCACCAACGGCCAGAUCAUGUGGCACAGCCUCAUCGACCAGGGUGCGCUUACUCUAUCUGGCGGCUCGUACGUCGGCGCUGGUGGCUUCACUCGCCACUGGGACGAGUGCUCUUCGACUCCCUGGCUCAAGUCUGAGUCUUCCGGCCAGAUCGUCACGUACGACGACGUCGAGUCGAUGAACAUGAAGGGCCAGUUCGCUGCCCAGGCCGGUCUCAAGGGCUGCAACGUGUUCUCAAUGGACGGCGACUACCUGGCUGGUGGCUUCCCUCUGACCGACGCUGUGCGUGCGGGCAUGGGCAUUUAA